GUCGAUGCAAAUUGAAACUCUCUCAUCUGGAGUAAUGGCGGAGGUCGUGGAGGGCCCUUUUCCGCUGAAGCUUCUGAAGGAGAGUUCCCCUGAGCCGUCAGAUGCCGUCGUCUUCUUUGGAAUCAGUUUGGCGUUGGGUAUUGCUUCAAGGCAUCUACUUCGAGGCACCAGAGUCCCUUACACGGUUGCCUUGCUCAUCAUUGGCAUUGGUCUUGGGUCCUUAGAGUAUGGUACAAAUCAUCGAUUAGGAAAGGUCGGCAAUGGGAUUCGUCUCUGGGCAAAUAUUAAUCCGGACCUUCUUUUGGCUGUUUUUCUUCCUGCUCUUCUUUUUGAGAGCUCAUUUUCAAUGGAAGUGCACCAGAUAAAGAGAUGCAUGGUACAAAUGGUUCUACUUGCUGGUCCAGGUGUUCUAAUUUCAACCUUCUGUCUUGGAUCUGCUUUGAAGCUCACAUUUCCUUAUAAUUGGAGCUGGAAAACAUCAUUGUUGCUGGGAGGGCUUCUUAGUGCGACUGACCCUGUUGCUGUUGUGGCUUUGCUGAAAGAGCUUGGUGCAAGUAAAAAACUGAAUACGAUAAUUGAAGGAGAGUCCUUGAUGAAUGACGGGACAGCUAUUGUGGUAUAUCAGCUAUUUUAUCAAAUGGUGCUUGGCCGGAGCUUCAAUGUGGGAGACAUAAUCAAAUUUUUAACACAAGUUGCACUUGGGGCUGUAGGUAUUGGUCUUGCCUUUGGGAUAGCAUCUGUUUUUUGGCUGGGGUUUAUUUUCAAUGACACAGUGAUAGAGAUUGCAUUGACACUUGCUGUGAGCUACAUUGCCUAUUUCACUGCUCAAAAUGAGGCUGAUGUUUCGGGUGUCUUGACAGUGAUGACUCUUGGGAUGUUUUAUUCUGCAUUUGCAAGGACAGCUUUUAAGGGUGAAGGUCAGCAGAGCUUGCAUCAUUUUUGGGAAAUGGUUGCUUAUAUUGCUAAUACUCUAAUUUUCAUCUUAAGUGGGGUUGUAAUAGCUCAAAGUGUUCUGCACAAUGACAAUCAUAUUGAGAGUGAUGGAACUUCAUGGGGCUACCUCAUUCUACUCUAUGUUUUUGUUCAGAUCUCACGGGCCAUAGUUGUAGGAGUAUUGUAUCCCUUCCUUCGGUAUUUUGGAUAUGGUUUGGAUUGGAAGGAAGCAAUCAUUCUUAUAUGGUCUGGUCUGCGAGGGGCUGUGGCGUUAGCGCUUUCACUGUCAUUUAAGCGUUCCAGUGACACCUUAUCUUCUCUCCAUCAGAGCACCGGAGUUCUGUUUGUUUUCUUCACCGGAGGCAUUGUGUUCUUAACUCUUACUGUAAAUGGGUCAACUACACAAUUUAUUUUGCAUCUUCUGGAUUUGGAUAAGCUAUCAGCAGAAAAGAGGCGCAUAUUGGACUAUACAAGGUAUGAGAUGAUGAGCAAAGCACGAGAGGCUUUUGGUGAUCUUAGGGAUGAUGAAGAACUAGGACCUGCUGACUGGGAUACAGUGAAAAGAUAUAUUGCUUGCUUAAGGGACCUAGAAGGUGAACACAUGCAGCCUCAGAUUGCAUAUGAAAGCGAUCACAAUUUGCAGCAUAUGAAUUUAAAAGAUAUACGAGUACGCCUUUUAAAUGGUGUUCAAGCUGCCUACUGGGGGAUGCUUGAUGAGGGAAGAAUAACCCAAGCUACAGCAAAUCUUCUGAUGCAAUCAGUGGAUGAAGGAAUUGAUUUAGUGCCCUAUGAACCUUUAUGUGAUUGGAAGGGCCUUAAAGCUCAUGUUCAUUUCCCAAAUUAUUAUAGGUUCCUCCAUAUGAGCAAUUUUCCUCAAAAGUUGGUGACAUAUUUCAUAGUAGGAAGGUUAGAGUCUGCAUGUUACAUUUGUGCUGCAUUUCUCCGUGCGCACAGAAUCGCAAGGACGCAACUCUAUGAGUUUAUCGGUGAAAAUGAAGUUACGUCUAUAGUCAUUAAUGAAAGUGAUACUGAAGGAGAGGAAGCAAGACAAUUCUUAGAAGAUGUUCGUGUUACAUUCCCCCAGGUUUUGCAUGUCCUGAAAACAAGGCAAGUGACAAAUUCAAUUCUUCAACAUUUGAGUGACUACAUCCAAAAUCUUGAGAAGGUUGGAUUGUUGGAAGAUAAAGAGAUGCUUCAUCUUCAUGAUGCUGUUCAGACUGACUUGAAGAAACUUUUAAGAAAUCCUCCCUUGGUGAAGAUGCCAAAAGCAAACGAUUUGUUAGGAAUCCAUCCUUUUCUUGGAGCUCUUCCUCCCAAAGCACGUGAAUCUCUUGUGGGUUCUACCAAAGAAAUGAAGUUGAAAUUGCGUGGUGUUUCUCUGUACAAAGAGGGAUCCAAGACAAAUGGGAUAUGGCUUAUUUCAAAUGGGGUAGUGAAGUGGGAAAGUAACAAUUUGAGAAACAAACACUCGUUGCAUCCAAGAUUUUCACAUGGAAGUACUUUGGGCCUGUAUGAGGUUCUAGUUGAGAAGCCUUACAUCUGUGACAUGAUCGCGGAUUCUGUUCUGCAGUGUUUUUUUAUUGAAACGGAAAGGAUACUCUCAGUGCUCCGCUCAGACCCUGCUGUGGAAGAUUUCUUGUGGCAGGAAAGUGCAAUUAUCUUAGCCAAACUCUUACUUCCUCAGAUAUUUGAGAAAAUGUCAAUGCAAGAAUUGAGAGCUCUUGUUGUAGAGAGAUCAAUAAUGAACAGAUACAUAGGGGGGGAAACUGUAGAAAUACCAAUCCAUUCAAUUGGUUUACUAUUGGAUGGGUUCAUGAAAAACCAAGAUGUUCAGGAACUGAUUACAUCUCCAGCCACACUUCUGCCAUCGUAUGGAGAGCUAAACUUUGUCAAUCUAGAAACAGCAGUUGGCCCAGGUGCAAAUGCAACAAGUUUCUGUCACCAAGGAUCCUGGUAUCAGGUUGAGGAAAGAGCAAGGGUAAUCCUUUUCGAUAUUGGAGCAUUUGAGGCUGACAGUGGGUUUCUGAAAAGGCCAGCUUCAUUGGUCUCGAAUUCAAUCGACCCCCAAAGAUACCCUAGUAGAGAGUAUGGUCGUCUAAUGAGUUGGCCUGAAAAUUUCUACAAGCCAAAACAACGCCUACAACACUCUGAUGCAGCCGAUCAGGAACAACAUAAUCUGUCCGCAAGAGCAUUGCAGCUGAGCAUUUAUGGGAGCAUGGUGGGUGAGACGCGAAGGCGGACUAGGAGCUUCCCAUGGACCUCUCAAACAAAUCCAUCACAUAGCAUUUCAUAUCCUGGAGUUCCUUCGACUGGAGUACUUGGUCGUCGACAAGUUUCUGCUAGAUUAAAAGGAGCUGCUAACCCUGGUACCCAAAUUCCAAGUAGUUUAACUAGAGAAAGGCAUUUAGUUGGCAAUUCUAGUGAUGAAUCAGGUGGUGAAGAUGAAAUCGUGAGAAUUGAUUCCCCUAGUAGACUAUCUUUCCACUAGGCAUUUUGGAGUUGGUUCUCUGCUAUCUUGACGAAAUC